AUGCAGGUUAUUGUGCAACUACUCCGAAGCGUAAACUCGUGGCGAAAAUCGAAUCGCAACCGUUCGCCCAAACGUGACCCUCCCCUCGCCCUCGCUUUCCUUUCCCACGCUUUCGCUCUCUUUCGCCCGCGUCAUCGCCAUCGCUUCCGCAGCUCGUCGCGUGCCCGUCGCCUUUGCUCCGCCCGUCGCCUUCACUUCUCCCCCGUCGCCUUCACUUCUCCCCCGUCGCCUUCACUCCCCCCCUCUUCCGUUGCCUUCAUUUCCCCCUCCCGUCGCCUUCACUUCCCCCUCCCGUCGCCUUCACUUCCCCCUCCCGUCGCCUUCAAUUCCCCCUCCCGUCGCCUUCAUUUCCCCCUCCCGUCGCCUUCAUUUCCCCCUCCCGUCGCCUUCAUUUCCCCCUCCCGUCGCCUUCAUUUCCCCCUCCCGUCGCCUUCACUUCCCCCUCCCGUCGCCUUCACUUCCCCCUCCCGUCGCCUUCACUUCCCCCUCCCGUCACACUCGCUUCCCCACCCGUCACCUUCACUUCCCCUCCCAUUGCCUUUCACUCUCUCCUGCUCAAUCUCUUUCCCCCUGCUCACUCUCUUCCCCCUUGCUCACUCUCUUUCCCCCUGCUCACUCUCUUCCCCCCUGCUCACUCUCUUCCCCCCUGCUCACUCGCUUCCCCCCUCCUCAAUCUCUUCCCCCCUGCUCACUCUCUUCCCACUCUCUUCCCCCCUGCUCACUCUCUUCCCCCUUGCUCACUCUCUUCCCCCCUGCUCACUCUCUUCCCCCGUGCCCACUCGCUUCCCCCCUCCUCAAUCUCUUUCCCCCUGCUCACUCGCUUCCCCCCUCCUCAUUCUCUUUCCCUCUGCUCACUCCCCUUGUUCUAACCCCACUUUCCCCAUUUCUCACCCAUUUCCCCCCUUCACGCUCUCUUACCCCCUCUGCUCGCCCCUGUUUUCCCAACUCACGCCUAUACUCACUCUCCCCCCCCCUGCUCACUCUCUUCCCCCCCUGCUCACUCUCUUUCCCCUUGCUCACUCUCUUUCCCCCCUUCUCACUCUCUUUCCCCCUUCACGCUCUCUUUCCCUCCCUUCCGCCCGUUGCCCCCCUUCGUCUCGCGCUCGUCCCCUCGCAAUCCCCGUCUCUCUCUCCCCCCGUCGCCCUCGUUUUCCCCGUUGCCCUCCCUUCCACUCCUCGUUGCCCUCGCCAUCCCUCCCUUCUCCCUUCCCAUCUCGCACACUUGUCACGCCCCCUUUCCAACCCGCACAUACACCCUUCCCUUCUUCCCUGUUUCCUCGUAUCCCCUGCGCUGCUUCCCCCCAUCCUCCGACUUGCUCCCCCCAUCCCCUUCCCUGCUUCCCCCCAACCCCUUCCCUGCUCCCCCCCAUCCCCUUCCCUGCUUUCCCCCUUCCCCUUCCCUGCUCCCCCCCGUCCCCUUCCCUCCUUCCCCCGUCCCCCUCCCAGCAUCCCCCCAUCCGCUUCCCUGCUCACCCCCAUCCCCUUCCCUGCUCCCCCCCAUCCCCUUCCCUGCUUCCCCCUAUCUCCUUCCUUGCUUCCCCCUAUCGCCUUCCCUGCUCACCCUUGCUCCCUCUGUUUCACCCUUUCUCCCUCCCCUUCUUCUCUGCUCACUCUCUUCCCCCUUGCUCACUCUCUUUACUUCUGCUCACUCUGUUCCCCCCUGCUUCCUCUCUUCCCCUCUGUUCAAUCUGUCCCCCGCUGCUUCUUCUCUUCCCCUCUGCUCAUUCCGUUUACUGUCUUUCCCCCUUCACUCACCCCCAUACCCCCCAAUGCAGUUACAGGGAGAAACGGAGGAAGGGAGGAAGUGAGGAAUGCAGGAAUGAAGGAAGGGAGGAAGUGAUGAUGGGAGGAAGGGAGGUAGGGAGGACGCUUGGGGGAGAAGCAGAAGGGAGGGGAGGAAGAGAGGCUGGGGAGGAGGGUGGGGAGGAGGGUGGGGAGGAGGGUGGGGAGGAGGGUGGGGAGGAGGGUGAGGAGGAGGGUGGGGAGGAGGGUGGGGAGGAGGGUGGGGAGGAGGGUGGGGAGGAGGGUGGGGAAGAGGGUGGGGAGGAGGGUGGGGAGGAGGGUGGGGAGGAGGCUGGGGAGGAGGGUGGGGAGGAGGCUGGGGAGGAGGCUGGGGUGGGGCGGAAUGGGGUGGGCCAGAAAGGGAUGAGGGAUGGGGAGAUGAGGGAUGAGGAGAUGAGGGAUGGGGAGGUGUGGGAUGGGGAGGAGAGGGCUGGGGAGGAGAGGGAUGGGGAGGUGAGGGAUGAGGAGGUGAGGGAUGGGGAGAUGAGGGAAGGGGAGAUGAGGAAUGGGGAGAUGAGGAAUGGGGAGAUGAGGGAAGGGGUAAUGAAUGAACGUGUAUGCGACGGAAGGGUGCUGCUGACCACGCACCCUCCCACACCCCACGCGAUGGGAAGGGAUGAGAGGGUGGGCGGCAUGGGUAGAGAAGCGAUGGUGAAUAGGGGGAACGUGAUGGGCAGGGGAGUGAUGACGACGUGGAGAGAGGAGAGAAGGGAGGUCGGCGGGAAGGCUAAGCGAGGACGAUGGGAGGGCAAGCGUGGGCGACAGUGGCGGUGGGCGACGGUGGCGGUGGGCGACGGUGGGGAGAAGCGUGGGCGACGGUGGGGGGAAGCGUGGGCGACAGUGGGGGGAAGCGUGGGCGAUGGUGGGGGGAAGCGUGGGCGACGGUGGGGGGAAGCGUGGGUGACGGUGGGGGGAAGCGUGGGCUACGGUGGGGGGAAGCGGGGGCGACGGUGGGGGGAAGCGUGGGCGACGGUGGAGGGAAGCGUGGGCGACGGUGGGGGGAAGCGUGGGUGA